AUUAUAUGAUUAAAUAGUGCUGCUCUUUUUUGUGCGUGCAUGCCAAAACCUGUAAAAACCUAUAGAUAAACCUGCUAUUUUGUGAGGGAAAGAAAUAUGUUGUGAAGCUAUACUGUGCUAAAGAAAUAAUGCUUUUCAAGACAGAUACAGUAAAUUUUUCGUUCAUUAUUCUCUCUGUCUACCUCCCUGAUACAGUUUGUUGAUUUGAGUGCGAGCCCACAGUCACGCCUCCAUUCAUGUCGACGACACGGAGGGAGAGAGGAAGAGAAGGAAUUUCCUCAAAAAUAUCCACAACAAAAUGACGAGGAUUUUGUUAUAAUGGUUCCCUAUCAAUUCAGUCAGAAUGCUGCAUCAUAGCUGACACUAUGGGUUAACCCCCGCAGGUGUAGCCAAUCUCUGAAACUCUUUAAAAUCUCACCAGUUUUAAUUGGCAGAUAGAGCUUUGUGCUCCGCCUUCCUCGCACACGUAGCGGGCAUAUAUAACAGCGGUGCACAGUGCUAUCUCUUCAGAAUUUUCUCCUUCAGGGUGCCGAUAAUCUCUCUUUCGUACUCUGGAAAAUUGGAUUUUCUUCUACAAAGAAUCAUCGUCAAGGUUUGCACCUCUCACAGCGGGUGGAUCAGAGUUUCUUCAACACCCCCCCCCCCCCCUGCGGUGCUCCGGCUAUAGCGGAUACUCUUCACCGUUGAACAGCAGUGUUGGAAUUUUUCCUCCUGUGGACAGCGGGUGGACCAGAUAUCUUCACCUCUUUUACCUCAUCACAGUGCUGCCAUUUGGCUUAUCCCUGGCUCCUCGCACAUUCACGAACUGUGUCAAUGCGGCACUCACUCCAGUGAGGCUGAGCGGUGUUCGCGUCAUGAAUUACCUCGAUGACUAGUUGCUCUUAGCACAGUCAGAAAAACAAGAUGCAAACACAGAGACUUGUUUACUCAAAGUGUUUGUCGCUGCCAUAGCAAACGGAUAUAUCCCACUGGGCAGUCUAUCAAUAGGUAGACACCCUUUGAUUGUGAAAUUCUUAUGUGGCGCGAGGCAGUUGAGACCGUUUCGCACCACUACCGUGCUGGUUUGGGACUUGGCGUUUAUGUUAAAAGCACUCACAGGCCUGCCGUUCGAGCCACUGGAUUCAGUGAGCUUACGUGUACUCUCGCCUUGGCUUCAGUAAAACAUGUGGGGACCUUCAAGCGCUGUCGGUCAAUGACUCCUGCUUAGAGUUUGGACCAGGCUUAUCAAAAGUCAUUCUUAAACCCAGGAAAGGCUACGUACUGAAAGUUUUGACCACUCCCCUCAGGGCGCAGGUUAUUAACCUUCAGGCUUUCUUUUUCAGGAUUUUUAUUGUGUAGUGAUUAUAAAAGUAGGUUUUCAGAAAGAUAUUUAGUCCCUUUCUCAACAAUAUAUUUUAGUUAAUGGGAAAAGACUUUUGAUAAUGAAAUUACUGCAAAAUAUUUGUUUCCCUAUAAAAUCUGUGAUAGUUGCACUUUCUUUUCUAAAUAAAAUCUAACAACAAAGAUAUAUGGUCAAACUUUCAAACAAUACUAUUUGGCCCUCAUUUGUUUAUAAAGAAAUCACACAAAAGGUUUUGCUAACUUGUGCAAAUAAUUUGUUUAUUUUCAUAAAACACGAAGAUGACAGGGUGGACAACAACAUGACAGGAUGGACAAAGGCUUAAAUGGGUGAACUAGAAGAGAACACAAUUUAUUAAACAACAGGAAACCCUUAAGCAAUACAAAGUAUGAUUUCAGGAAUACAUUUUCUACAUCACUGUAAUUGGUCUUCCACAUACUUCCAAAAAGACAGCUCAAUCUGUAGAGAGUGCCUGUUCAGAGCUUGUGGAUCUGGCAUUAGGCAAAGUAUCUGCCCAUCAUGGUACCAAUUAUGUCCUCCCGGGGACCUGGCCAAAAUCACUUGUUUGUGCCAUUGCGGUGCAAACACUUAACUUUCACACUGUGCCCUUCCACAUCCAUGAUGACACCUGGGAAGCCUUCAUUGUCAUAAUUAACGACACACCACUCUCCAAUGAAGUAUGCUGAUUUUCUCUAACUAACUUUAGAAUUGGAUCAAGGUGGGCCCAGAUGGCCACAGGGUCGUGUCUUCUGGAGGGUGAUAUGGAGCAGAAGGUGUGCGGUGCCUGUUCACCUGCAGUGUAGAGCACUCCAUUGUGCAGAAUGGCCUGCUGGUGUAAGCCUCCAAAAUGCACAGACUGGAUUUCUUCACUGUACUUGCAUGAGUAAUUUUCACUAAAAUCCACAUGCAAGAGGCACUCGUUGCGCUUCAGUUUCCUUCUGAGCUCCCUGUAGACGUCAAACUGCCAUUUAAUGUUGAAAACAUGGUGUCUAAAAUGCAGAAGCCUCUCCUGGAAUUGUGUGUUUAGGUCUUCCUCUGUUGUUGUUAUUUCCUUUUUGUUUUUGACAAAAGGAGUUAAUUGUUGACAUUUUCUCAUCCUUCUUUGUCAUCCACUGAGAUAAACAAAUGUUCUCUACCCAUAAGUUUUCAGCAUCGGGUGACAAGUGUGGAGGCAUUCCCUGAACUCACCAUAAGCACAGACCUUGGCUUUGGGGUCGCACAUGGUUGCUUCAGAUAUUUCCUCAAUAUUUCUUGAAGCAUGGUUCUGCAAGGCAUUGGCCAUAAAUUGCAAGUUGUCAUGUUUUUUGCAGAGAUGUGUCACGGUCAGAGGAAGAGCAAAAGGGUUUGAGAUGGCAGAAGGAGGUGUAUGACAAGGUGGUUAGAGAGAAACUUCCUAUGCAAGUUCCUCAUUGUAUCGGUAAGCAUCCUCUUCUGCAUCUUUGUCUUCAGCCGUGUGACUGUUUGUUUGCGGCAGGUCGUCAUUCGACUGACAUAAUCUCGAAUAAAAAAGGAUGUAACUUUCUUUUUAAUCUCAGUUCGAUUGAUGCACUUCCUCCCACAGCAGCACAUAUCACGUUGGGCACUGAAAGACUGAAUUUAACGGUCCAGCAUGAUUUGAAAAACGAGAGCAGCAGGAUAAUGCUGGAGAAAUGGGAUCCCGCUUUCCAAACGGAGCAGCAAGCUUUAUUAGAGAGCAACACAUCAUCAGCAGAGCAAACAGAAGCCCAGAAGCCAUCACCCCGCAGAGCCAGUGGUGAGUGUCCUUGUCUGAAUGGUGGUCGGUGUGUCCAUCCAGACUCCUGUAACUGCACUUUAUACCAGGCCACUGGAACACACUGCCAGACAGUCGCCAACCCAGGCUUUGAGCGAGAGAUGACAUGCCGCUCAUGGGGACAAUACAACUAUGAAACCUUUGAUGGACUUUAUUACUACUUCCCUGGAAAAUGCAGCUACACAUUACUGAGAGACUGUGAAGACAACACUCAGUCCAGUGUGCAUAUACAGGUGCAUAAUGACCCAAAAUGCAGUUCUUUCCCGUACUUCUGUACACGUUCAGUCAGCCUCUUCCUGCCUUGGGAGGGAGAGAUUAGGUUACAGAACUCCAGUGUUACGUUCAAGGGUCAAAGUGUGCAGCUGCCUCAUAACAUCCAUGAUGUUGAGCUGGAGCGAAUCUCUGACUACAUCAUAGUAUCACAGCCACAGGGUUUCACACUGGCCUGGCAGGGACUCACUGGCUCUGUGUACAUCAAGACGAGCCCUGAGUUUGUGGGACGCACCUGUGGACUGUGUGGGAAUUUCAACGCUGACAUUCAGGAUGACCUUAAGACCAGCUAUGGUGUUUUGACGCAGGAUUUGGCUAUGUUCGGAAACAGCUGGGCAGAGGAGGAGCCACAGCUAGCCAGAUGUCCUAUUGUUCCCUCUCUUUAUCCCUCACCCUGUGCCACUCAAGAUCCUCAUGUCCUAUUGAAAGUGGAGGAGGUGUGUGCUACCCUACUGAAGGAGCCGUUUAAGUCCUGUCAUGAGUUUGUCAGUCCAAAUUCAUACAUGGCCAGCUGCUCCAAUGACCUCUGCCUUUCCGGUCCCAAUGGUGAUGUUGUGUGCCAGGUGUUCACAGAAUAUGCCAGGGCAUGUGCCCAUGCUGAACAUCCACUGCAUAACUGGAGAGCACACUUUCCUGUUUGUGAUGUUGAUUGCCCUGGUGAGCUCCAUUUCAGAGAGUGUAUCACCUGCUGCCCUACACAUUGCAACAUCGAACACAUGUGCAUAGACAGCAAGCUGCAGUGUUUGGAUGGCUGCUAUUGCCCUGAUGAUUUGAUCUACGAGGACGGAGUGUGUGUUAAGGCAUCGGACUGUCCAUGUGAGCACCACGGUAUGCUGUACUCCUCUGGACACGUCAUACAAGAGGACUGCAACAACUGCACAUGUGAGGGGGGAGUAUGGAACUGCACUGAGCACAACUGCCCAGGAGAGUGCUCUGUCACAGGAGAUAUGUUCUUCCAGUCAUUUGAUGGCCGCAUUUACACCUUUCCUGCUACGUGCCAGUAUGUUUUAGCCAAGAGCAGAAACUCUGGCAGGUUCACUGUGACCAUUCAGAAUGCACCCUGUGGAGCCAAUCUGGAUGGUGCUUGUAUACAGUCAGUGAACCUGGUGGUUGAUGAGGAUCCACGCACUGAGAUCACAAUGAGCCACAGUGGAGAGGUUUUUCUGGCAAGCCAGUUCAGGAUUUCACUGCCAUAUUCAGAUGAUGUGUUUCAGAUCCAGGAGCUGUCCUCCAUGUUUGUUCAGGUGAAGUCAUCGCAGGGUCUGCGGCUGCAGUAUAACUGGAGAGAGUUCAGGCUAUACCUCCAGUUGGAGGAACACUGGAGAGAUGAUACUGUGGGGCUCUGCGGGACCUUUAACGGAAACAUUCAGGAUGAUUUCCUCGCACCAUCUGGCAUGAUCGAGAGCACACCAUACUUGUUUGGAAAUGCAUGGCGUGUUUCUUCAGCAUGUGUGCCACAGCCCAGCUUACCCCAGCUCGACCCCUGUGACACUCACCAGCAAGCAGCCCCCUAUGCAGUGGAGAAGUGUGACAUGCUGAUGCAGGAAGUGUUUUCUGCCUGUUACGAGUAUGUAAGUCCAGUGGCAUUCCAGCUACAAUGUCGUGCGGACGUAUGUAAGUGUGGAGCGCCGUGCCUUUGCUCCAUCAUUGCUCACUACGCACGGACCUGCAGGAGACACAGUGUCAUCAUUGAGUUCCGCACACACCUGCCUGAGUGCGCCGUCUCGUGUCCGCCUACUAUGGAGUAUGGAGUCUGCGUGUCUUCGUGUCAGCGUCGCUGCCAGUUUCUGUCUCUUCCACAGCCGUGUGGGGAUGAGUGUGAAGAGGGGUGUGUUUGCCCGGAAGGAACAUACUUCAACAUGCACACACACACCUGCGUGCCACGGAGUGAGUGUCCAUGCAGUUUUCUUGGUGCUGAUUACUCUCCUGGAGAUGUGAUCAUGACAUCAUCAGGUGUACAAAUUUGUCAAGAUGGAAAACUUGUUUCCCAGAGCUCAAUUAUUGAUACGCUGUGUCCACCUGGGCAGUUUUAUGAGGAUUGUGGGAACAGAUUGGAUGAACUCUCUGCCAGUAAAGGUUUAGCUUGUGAAAAGACCUGUGAGUCAUAUUUACUCAACCUCACCUGCUCUGCCCAUGAGCUGUGUGUGCCGGGCUGCGUCUGUCCUGCAGGGCUUCUAAAACAUGGUGAUGAGUGUUUCGAGCCACGUGCAUGCCCAUGUUUAUGGAAAGGGAAGGAAUAUUACCCAGGAGACAGAGUGUCUUCCCCCUGCCAUCAGUGUGUGUGUCAGCAUGGCACGUUCCAGUGUGUGUUCCGCCCAUGUCCAUCGAUGUGCACAACUUAUGGAGAUCGACACUACCGAACAUUUGACAGUUUCCUGUUUGAUUACAUUGGUGCAUGCAAAGUGUACUUAGUAAAGAGUUCGGUAGAUGUAGUGCUGACUAUCACAGCAGAGAAUGUUGACUGCUUUGAGAGUGGCGUGAUCUGCAGGAAAUCUCUCCUCAUCUCCAUCGGUCGCUCCUUCAUUGUGUUUGAUGAUGACACCGGCAAACCUAACCCAUCCAGUGUGAUUGACAGGCAGAGAGUAUAUAUUUGGCAAGCAGGAUACUACACCGUUGUACAUCUGCUUGGGGAAGAUCUUACCGUGCUUUGGGAUAGAAAAACUACCAUCCAUAUACAAGCUGGACCUCGCUGGCAGGGCAAGCUUUCUGGUCUUUGUGGUAAUUUUGAUCAGAAGACUGCAAAUGAGAUGAGAACACCAGAGAACAUUGACUCAUCAACACCGCAGGAGUUUGGCAACAGCUGGACAGCAGCAGAGUGUGUGAACAGUCCUGAUAUAAGGCACCCCUGCAAUUUGAAUCCUCUUCGAGAGCCCUUUGCAAAAAGACAGUGUGGGAUUCUGCUCAGUGAAGUGUUCCAGGUCUGCCACCCAGUGGUAGAUGUCACAUGGUUCUAUAUGAACUGCCUGGUGGACACGUGUGGCUGCAACCGUGGAGGAGACUGUGAGUGUUUCUGCACAAGUGUUUCAGCAUAUGCUCACCGCUGCUGCCAAAAGGGCGUGACCAUUGAUUGGCGCUCUCCUUCCAUCUGCCCUUAUGACUGUGAAUACUACAACAAAGCUUUAGGGAAGGGUCCUUUCAAACUGUUGACCUACAGAGAGAGAGGCACACUGUUGGCAGCCAAUUUGUCAAGUGGACUGGUGUACCCAAAGAGGGAAAUAUCCAGUUCUGAUGAGGUUUUGACAUUGUUCAUGAUGACACCAGGCCUCACCAAAGCCAGACUACAUGAUUCAUCACUGAUAUCAUUUGAGGCAGCAGACAGACCCAACUACUUUUUAAGAGCAGAGCGCAAUGGCCAGCUGAGACUGCAGAAGUGGCAAGAGACAGAGGCUUUCUGGGAUGCAGCUACAUUUGUGCAGCACAGGGACACAUGGGUCUCAGGCUUUGAUUCACUAGAAUCACUGGCACGGCCAGGAUUCUUUAUGCAUUUCAUGCAGUCCAGAAUCCAGCUUUUGAAAUACAGUCACUCAGACCGGUACCGCCAAGCUACACUGUUCAGACUUACAGGUGCUACACCAGACUAUCCAAUUGGUCCUCGGUGUCAGUGGGUGUAUGAGUCAUGUGUGAGUCCAUGUUUUAGGACAUGCAGCGACCCAUCGGGUCUGAGUUGUAUCAGCAUCCUAAAGGUGGAAGGGUGCCUGCCGCAGUGUCCGAGUCACAUGGUUCUAGAUGAGGUCACUCACAGAUGUGUCUAUCUGGAGGACUGCAUUAUGCCUGCUGUUGUUCCUCCAUUCACACCAUCCAGUUCUACUGUAACAUCUGCACACUCCUCUGAAAUUUCUACCUUGAGCAGUCCAGCAGUUUUUAUAUCAGCCACUACCAAUGCUAGCACCCCAGCAUCUACACCUACUACUCCCAUGUCAAGCACAGAAAAGAAAACAUCUUCCGCUGUCAGACCUGAGGUUGUGGAGACCAUUACCACAUUAACAACAUCCUCUCCCUCCACAAGCCCGCUGGCUUCCACACAGAGAACCACUAGAGAGCCAAGCAGUACCCACAGUCCCACUUCCCCCACCACCAUGCACUCUAGCCCUGUCUCUGUCUCAGCUUCUCUUCCAUUAACCUCUACAACAAGCAGGCCAUCAGAAUCUUCAACACUACUCAUCAGAACCACAACUGUACCCUUACUGCCUACUUCAAGCCCUGUUCUGUCAUCUACCUCAAGCAAGGAGCUGACAAGAGUAAGCACUCUACCUGUGCUUCCAGUUUUGACCAGCAUGAGCCCCACAGAAGCCACAUCCCCAACAGACAUAGUGCCAACUCCACUCACUUCUAGUACAGAGGCUCUCAGAGUCUCAGAGGCCUUCACACUAACGGAAAAGACCACAACACCCACUGUGACUUCUACUGGUGGCACACAGUCUGCUGCAGAAAUUAUCAGCACAACAAAGCUCACUUCACCAUCAACCACAACACCUAUAUUAGAAUCUAGUACCUUUGUCACCACAACAAAUCUUACCUUGUCAGCUUCUCUACACACUCUGAAGACAACCCCUGAGAGCACCUCUGAAACCCAGAAACCUUUGAAGUUGGAAACUAUUUACACUUCACCUACAGAAUCAUUGUCCACCCACAUCCCUGUUGAAUCAAAAAGCUCUCCUGUUGCAUCACCGCCUUCAACUCAAACCACACCUUUUGCUUUUUCAACCUCAACAACCUCAAAGCAACCUGAAACUUCAAAAGCAACAGUGUCUGUCUCAACAACUGUCCCAGCAACCAGCAUCAUCACAGUGUCAUCCCCUGAAUAUGUGCCAACAGAAACCACAGAAAAAACAGCAUAUCAGCCAACAUCUUCUCUGUAUACCUAUCCUGCUGCUCCAACAACCGAGAGGACAUUACAGACUGAUUGGAGAGUAACCCAAACCAUGUCAACUCAAUCUGUGCCACCAGAAACAUCCCAAACCAGUGUGAGGACAACAGAAACCCCACUUACCACCUACACCACCAUCCCAUUCACCUCAGUGACUGCAGAGGCAACAUCAACACUGCUCACAUCCCAUGUGUCGCUCACUGACAAAACAACCUCUAGAGCUAUGUCCAUGUCAACAACACUAGGCCCUACAGAGUCUCACUGGGGUUCGGUUUCCACCACUACUCGCCUCACAGACAAAGUCAGCACUUCCCCACUUCAUCCACCUUAUUCUAUGACCAGAACAACUACACUUCAUGAGAUCUCCUCAUCAUCACCAUCCACACUGGCAACAGCAACCUCAAUAGAUCAAUACCUAACAAAAAUCACAGAAAAAACUGUCACUUCUGAGGCAUCUUUGCUAACUUCCACCACAACUGAGAAGGAGGUUGUUUCCACCACUCGAACAUCCACAAUCACACCCUUAAUUGUAUAUCCUGUCACAGAGACAACUCAAGUUUCUCCUGACACGGAAAGAACUGUGCCGUCAACUGCUGCAAUGACACAGACAUCAAUAGAGCAGAGUGAGAUCUUCAGCACCCUGCCUUCCAGAAUUACACCAAAAAUCAUAACCCGUGACACACCAGUCCUGACCUCUCAGGUGUUUGUGACUACCACACGACGAGAAACUCCAAGAGAUGUGGCCACGACCAGCAUUUCACCUGCGGCCAGGAUUGAAACUACAUUAACAACACAACCUACUACCUUUUCCACAGAUAAAGUGACCACUGUUUCCACAGAUACAAAUACUACCAGUAUAUCUGUUGCUACUACAAGCACACAGACAUUGCACAGUCCCGUAACCACCACUGAAAUCACCACUGGAUCUACAGAGCACACCAUUGAAUCUCGUCCAACCACAAUACUCCCAUCAUCAUCAACUGGAACAGCUACGUCUGCUCCAAUAUCCAGUUUUGCAUCAGAUGUUACCCAGACUACUAUUUCCACAUGGCUACCUGCGUCCCCCACUGUCACUGAGAGUAUUUCUGUCACCUCUACUGAACACCCUCUGGUAGAUGAACAUAUCUCAGUCACAGCUAUGUCACCUGCUCCAGACACUGGCUUAACAACACUUGCUUCAUCUCUGAUGACCAGGCCUUCCUACACUAUUGAAACAGUGCACUGGAUGACGAGGCAGACACCUACAGUUCCCAAAACAACGUCUCUCACACACAGUGGAGUGUGCACUUCUCCAUAUUCAGAGGUAGUGGAUGAAUGCACUAAGCUUAUUUGUGUGAGUGGCCAGUUGCUGCUCUUCAAUAAGUCUCAGAGCUGCCCUUAUGAUCCUACGCCCCCAAACUGUGGUCUUCUUGGCUUUGCCGUGCUGGUCAAUGGUGACAAGUGUUGUCCACGAUGGGACUGCCCAUGUCGUUGUUCAGUGUUUCCAGAUCUCAAUGUGAUCACGUUUGAUGGGUACAGUGUCGCAAUAUAUAAAGCUGCUUUAUAUGUGGUGACUCAACUUCCCAAUGAGACUGUCAGCAUCCUGGUACAGGAGUGUUCUGGACCAGAAGACCCUCCUUUGUGGAACUUUACCAAUUUGUGUCUGGCAGCUUUAAACAUCACUCACAAAUCCAACGAAGUUCUCAUCAACCGCCUGCAGAGACGUCUCUAUGUGAACUCCAGGUAUGCAAAGCCACGGUUUAAGAAGUUUGGUUUUGAGAUUCUGGACACAGGAAACAUGUAUCUGAUCCGAAGUCCAGCUGGCCUGAAGAUCCAGUGGUUCCACACUACAGGCAUGAUGGUGAUUGAGAUGGACAGUUAUAACAACAGACUUACCACCAUGGGCUUAUGCGGUAGUUGUGAUGGUAAUCCAUUGAAUGAUCUGACUCUGUCUAAUGGUACAGUUGUGACUGAACAAGAGGAUCCAGCCAUAUUCAUCGAUAGCUGGCAGAUUCCCAACACAACAAGCUACAUCAGCCACAGCAGAAAGAGGGAGGUCAACUGCACUACAAGCGACUGCUCCCAGUGCAUGAGCAUGUUGAACAACCAUACCUUCACCAUCUGCCAUCCUUAUGUCCCUCCAUCAACAUUCUGCGAGAUGUGGGUGAGAGAUGUGGAGUAUGUGAAUAAUCCUUGUGUUGCUCUGGCUGCUUAUGCUGCAUCUUGCCACAAAUUCAACAUCUGCAUAGAAUGGAGGAGCGCUAAUUUCUGCCCAUUUAUGUGCCCAGAAAAUCUGCGGUACCAGGCAUGUCUGCCGACCUGCACUGCCCACUCCUGCCCAAACCAAGAGUUUGAGUUUGUCCCAGACCAAUGCACGGGCCUUUCGGAGGGUUGUGUGUGUCCAGAGGGAACUCUCCUACACCGGCCCUAUUCUGCUCUCUGCAUUACACCCAGCAAGUGUGCAUGCACUGAUAGUUUUGGAACUCCACGGGCACUGGGCGAGGUGUGGAAAGCCUCUCUGGAUGGCUGCUGUAUGUAUAAGUGUGAGAACGACAGCAUUGUGCCUGUGGAGUAUAACUGCAGUAACAUCCCUCAGCCAGUGUGCACCCGUACAGGAGAGAUCAGCGUCAGCCUUACAGAUGACAGAAGCUGCUGCCCUCACAAAGCCUGUGUUUGUAAUCAGAGUAUGUGUGAGAUGGCCCCUGCAGACUGUAAAUAUGGGGAGAAGCUGGUGUCAUAUCAUAGGCAGGACUCCUGCUGUCCAGAAUACAUAUGUGAGUGUGAUCCUGAUCAGUGUGUCUUGGACAUCCCUGAUUGUCGAGAGGAUCAGAUAUUAAUCGCCACUCGUGCUGAAGGCAGCUGCUGUUUGGCCCACAUCUGCAUUUGUGACAAAUGUUCGGAGGGAGCUCCCGUGUGUCAAGAUGGAGAACUCCUGAUCGUGGACACAAACAGCACGGAACGCUGCUGCCCAGUUUAUCACUGCUUGUGUGAGACCUCUCGAUGUUUAGAGGUCACAUGUCCAGUUGGCAUGGCUUUAGUUUCCUCAAGGAUUCCAGAACAGUGUUGUCCAGCACAGACAUGUGAAUGCGCAUGUGAGAAAAUAAUUCGCCCUAAAUGUUCUUUGGGGGAGAGUAUGAAGUUAGACAGAUCAUUUCUGUCUGAUCCAGAAAACCAGUGUAGCUGUAAACAAUUCAUGUGUGUGAGAGAGGCAGUGUGUGUGGAUGGGCAAAGGGGAGUGAUGCGGCCGGGACAGACAAUGGUCGAGCAACGUGAACAGGGUGUGUGUUACACUACACAAUGCACACACACUCUGGACUCUGCCACAGGUUUCUAUGUCUUCAAAGCAACCAGCACUAACUGCACUGCACGCUGCCAGCCUAACCAAAUUUACAUCCCUCCUAAAGACCACAGCAGCUGCUGUGGGGUGUGUAAGAACAUCUCCUGCCUGCACCAGAGUGACAAUGGAUCUGUAACUAUGUACAAGCCAGGGCGCAGCUGGGUGUCUGACUGCAUGCAAUAUGACUGCAUAGACACUCUGUCAGGACCUGUGCUUGUCUCCCACCACUACAGCUGCCCCCACUUCAAUGAGACAGAAUGUAUGAAGAUUGGCGGCACUGUUGUGAGUUACAUGGAUGGAUGCUGCAAGACAUGUAAGGAGGAUGGAAAGUCUUGUCAGAAAGUGACAGUGAGGAUGACAAUUAGAAAGAACGAUUGCCGUAGCAACAGACCAGUCAACAUAGUGUCAUGUGAUGGAAAGUGUCCAUCUGCAAGUAUUUACAACUACAAUAUCAACACAUAUGCACGUUUCUGUAAGUGCUGCAGAGAGUUGGGGCUGCAGCGCCGUUCAGUCCAACUCUACUGUAGUGGAAACUCCACAUGGGUCAGCUACACCAUACAGGAACCAACGGACUGUUCCUGUCAGUGGUCUUAAACCCACUGAAAGUGUAAACCAUAAAAGAAAGUGUUACCCAUAAUUCAACUUGAAAGUUAAUUUGAUAAGCACCAUAAGGUCUUAAGUGUUGCAAAGUUUUUUGUGUUUUUUUGUUUUUCAAAUGUCUUUAAAAGUAUGUCAGAAAAUUUUAUAAAUUGGGUGGCAGCAUGUUUGAAAUGUAAGUAAUGUGGAAGCACAUGCUCAGCUGUGUUUAUUAGAGGAUACUGGAAUCCAACAGCAGUAAUAUCUACUUCAUAACUGCAGCUGUGCUCCUUUUAUGUAUAUAGGCAAUUCUACUUCGGAGCUCACUGAAAUAACAAAGACUUACUAAUUGUAUUUACAGUAGAUACUUUUCUACAGGUAAUAUUACUUAAUGAUCUGAAUAUUAAGUGAUUUGACAUGCUUUAUAACAAUCACAUGUUCAUUGAGUAAUUGACUAUAUGCUGUAUUUUGAGCACUUUAUUUAUUUAUUACCAUAUAAGAACAAUUUCUUCAUUCAAGAUACAAGAUUUUAUAUGCGUACAGUAAGGAUAAAUUAUGCAUGGCUUUGAUCUAUGAAGCACUUCAGUUGAUGCAAAAUAAAUUGUUAUUUUCAUGAUAUGGUCUAAAUUAUUGAGAAGUUAGAAAAUUAAUUUGCUCUAUGCAUUAUGGCACAUUUUAAAAACUGGUUUAGGUUCUUUUGUGAGCUACUGUAAUUAGUACUGACAUACAACCAAAUAUGUGAAGUUCCUGUUUUUGUGUCCACAGUAUUGCAAAAGGGCAUCAUAAUGAAUGCCUCUGUAUUUCAUAGAUACAAUAAAAUAUCUUUUGGAGUGGAGCCUUUAUUAGGUUCUUUUGAAGAAUUGCGGAAAAUAUAAUAUGCUUAGUUUUAAUAUUUUUAUUUGUGUACCAUACAAUAUGUAUAAUUCCAUUUUCAAUAAAAAAAAUAUAUAUAUAUUUACAAAAUAGUAAGACUGUUCUCUACUUUUGUCAAGUUCAUCAGUUUAUGUUUAUCAGUUACCAAAUUAUAUUGUUUUUCACAUUAUAAUGGCUUUAAUUUGUGCAUAUUUAAUAUAUUUGAUCUUUUUGUCUUUUUAUUUUUGUUAUUUUUGUUUUAUUAGAUAUUAGUAUUAGAAAACUUUCAACCAAUAUGGAUACAAUGUUCCAGUUUAAAAAAAAUAUAUUUUCACCCAAAACUGUGUCAUCCCACUAACAUACUAGUCGAAAUAGACAGGUAACAGCAACAUCCCUUUCAGGGAACUAAAUUUUUGUCAAAAGUUAUUGUAGGCACAAACAUUUUGAAAUGAUGUUUGGUGUUCCCUAUCUGUCACUCACUUGACGUUGUGUCAAUGUAGUGACACUAGGGGUCACUCUUGGCAGCCCGAGACACCUCUGGUCUUUGAUAAAAGGCCAAUGAAAAUUGGCAAGUGGUAUUUGCAUACCACUCCCCCGGACAUACAGGUAUAAAAGGAGCUGGUAUGCAACCACUCAUUCAGAUUUUCUCUUCGGAGCCGAACGGUCGAUGCUCACUGAGCUGAAUUCCCACGGCUGUUCAUUCACCUCUGCUGGAUCUGAUGGCGCAUUUCAGUGGCUUCUCCCCCCUCUGCACUGGUACACUGCAGAGAACGCCCCUGGGUGCUUCGGCAGAAAUAAAAGAGUAUAUUUCUUUAAAAGAGCGGCACACACAGAACGUCUUUUUAAAGAUGCGUCUUUUUAAAGAUGCCUUUCCGUUUGUGUAUUAUUCCUGGUUGCGCUCGUUAUCUCUUGCCCUCUGACAGCCACGAUCACUGUCUUUCGUGUCUGGGCGCUGCUCACACGGAGACAGCGUUCGUGGAUGUGUCAUGUACUCAUUGUGAGAACAUGUCCAUGGCAACGAUGCAAUUGAGGCAGAGGGGCAACUAUGGUGCUGAAGUUUCGGAUGAAUCUCCGAUAGUAAUUUGCAAAACCUAGGAACCUCUGUAACUCCUUUACAGUGGUAGGUUGAGGCCAGUUGGUCACUGCCUGCACCUUGGAGCUGUCCAUCUGAACUCCAUUUGGGCUGAUGACAUAUCCCAGAAUUUGGAUGGAUGACUGGUGGAAUAGGCAUUUUUCAGCCUUCAGGUAUAGGCAGUGUUCCUGCAGACAUUGGAGUACCAAUCUUACAUGGUGGAUGUGUUCGCUUAGGGAGGUGGAAUAGAUAAGUAUGUCAUCAAUAUAGACCAGGAAAAAGCAUUGGAGAAUGUCACGGAAGAUCUCAUUCAUGUAAGAUUGGAAGACUGAGGGGGCAGUGACCAGGCCGUAUGGCAUCAUUCGAUAUUCAAAGUGGCCACUAGAGGUGAUGAAAGCGGUUUUCCACUCAUCCCCUUUGCGGAUACGGAUGAGAUUAUAGGCACUGUGGAGGUAGAGUUUGGUGAAGAUGUUUGCCCCUCGUAGGAGUUCCAAGGCUGCUGGAACCAAGGAUAACAGGUAGGAGAACUUAACGGUGAUAUUGUUGAGGGCACGAUAAUCGAUGCAUGGUCGAAGACCACCAUCCUUCUUGGCAACAAAGAAGAAACUUGAGUAGGCCGGAGAGAUGGAAGGGCAAAUAUACCCGUUUCAGAGCCUCGUCUACGUAUUCUUCCAUAGCUCGCUGCUCCGAUAUCGACGGGAUAGAUUUUGCCUCUAGGAAGUGGAGAGCCAGGGAGAAGGUCUAUAGCACAAUCCCAAGGACGGUGUGGAGGAAGUUGGGAGGCAUUUUGGGCACUGAAAACUGGUAAGUAGUCUUGGUAGGCAGAAGGGAUGGUUGUAUUGAGUGAGACAUAUGGGCUCUCUACGGAAGUGGCUAGACAAGAGAUGGAUCUGGGAGGAGAAGGGCGAGUGGGUCUUGAGAGGCACUGAGUAAAGCAGCAUUCACCCCAGGCAACAACUUCUUUGGUGGUCCAGGAAAUUACUGGGUUGUGAUGAAGAAGCCAAGGUAAACCAAGAAUGAGGUCUGUUGUAACAUCAGGGAGAAUGAGUAAUGAGAGUUUCAAUGUGGAGUAUGCAGAUUUGGAUGGUGAGUGGGGUGGUCUGAAGAGUGAUUACUCCUGAGCCAAUAGGUUUGCCGACGACAGAAUGGAUGGGUAAAGGCUUAGUUAAAGGUUCGGUCUGAAUGUUAAGUUGUUGAACUAGAAAGGGAGCGAUGAAGUUGCCUGUGGAACCGGAGUCUAAGAGGGCAUGAACAGAAAUUGAGGAAGUGGAAGUUGAAACAGUAAUGUCUAUGCAAAACGGUUUAUCACAUACAGGUUCACAGGACACUGAGCUUACCAGCAAUCUGGGAGGACAAAUGGGGCAGGUGGUUAUAUGGUGAUUGGCGGCUCCACAAUAGUGGCAAAGAUUGUUGGAAAUACAUCUCUUACGCUCAGUCUGUGUCAGGUGGGUUGUGCCUAGUUGCAUUGGUUCCUCUUCUUCAGCCCUGGUUUUGAGAAGUGGCGGAGCUGAAAAGUCGCAUUGAGCAUUGUAGUAAUCACCAAUCCACACGAAUAGAAAACUGGAUGAGGAAUUCCAAUCCACGAGAAUCAUCUACACUUGCCAGGUGCCUUUGAAGAGACUUGUUUCACCCCUGACGGUAACGGGUAAUUAGCGCAGGUUCAUUCCAGUGACAGGCGGAAGCGAGCGUGCGGAAACAUAAGGCGUAAUCAGUGACUGAUAGUCUGCCUUGGUGAAAACGGCUGAGUUGUUCACUAGCGGAGGAAGCUCCUGCAGCGGACUCAAAAACUUCACGGAAAUGGGUAGUGAAGGCAUCAAUGGACUUCCCCAUUGUAGUGCCUUCCCGGAUAGAAGAGAAAUAAUAUAUGUUAUCUUAGAACGAUCGGUGGAGAAGUUUUGGGGUUGUAACUCAAAAGCCAAAGAACAUUGAAGGAGAAAACCGCUACAAGUUUCAGCAUCACCAGAGUAACACUGGGGAGGAGCAAGAGGGCAGUAAUUACCAGGAAGUUGUACAAAUGAAGAAUCAGGAGCUGGAGUUGAAGGAAAUGCUGAUGUAUUUGAGGUAAGUGAAAGUUUCUCCAGUCGGCGUUGAAUAUCAUGAAGCGCCUCUUGAUGUUGUGUUAGUUGUUAUUCCAACUCGAGAAAGCGUUCCAUCAUAGGCACCAUUACUGCUGAGUUCUGUUUGAUGGUCUAGUCUUCUGUCAGGAAGCCAAGAUGAUGAGUUGAACUCAGAUGCAGUUUUAUUAAUGAACCCAGGAGAAAGCAGAGCAAACACAAAGAAGUAAACAAAGGGCAAAUCAGGAUAUAUAAUAAUCUAGCGACCUGAAGAAUUACAGGAAUAUUACUUUUGAAGACAAGAAUGAAUAGAGAGCUGAGUUAGCUAGGGUGAGUCCAAACGAGACUAGACGGUGACUGAAGUGAGUGGUAAGGCUUUAUACAGGACUGGCUGAUGGUUUGAUGAGGGACAGGUGAGAGUGAUUAGUAAUCAGGUGAGUGAGAGGCAGUUGGAGGAGCAGAGGCUGACGAGGAUGUGACAUUUGGACUGAAAUCAGGAUCUUUAGCAAUUUCUUAUAAACAAACAAUAUCUUUCUUAUUUUUAUUUAUUCUACUCAAGCUCUAAAAGUACUAUUAAUAGAAAAAAAUAUAUUCAUCUAAAUUUGUUUGUUUUGGUAAGAACAAAGAUAUAAUUGCAGAUUCAUCCAUCUGAUAAAUUUCCAUCUUGCUCCAUUUCACAGUAGACUCUUCAUUCAUCAUGUCAAUAUUGGUUGUAGUCCUCUAGACUUUUUUAAUAACUUAAGAAUUUUAAGACUAGUUCUGAUAGAUUUUGUGGUAUACUUGCACCUAGAUACUUUAUCUAUUUAUUUAUUUAUUUAUUUUUGGUUAUCCCAUUUGAAUUUAAAUUGACUUUCAUCUCUGGCCACUGGUGGGCCCAAAAUCAUACCUUCUGGGUAAGAUUCAUUUAAUUUAUAUCCUGACACUCUACUAUAUAGGUGAAUAACAUCCAUUAUUACUGUAAGGGAUUGAUUUAUAUUUCACAUAUAAUAUUUAAAUUGACCAUGGGUCUUCAUGCUGAGCCCCUCUAUAUAAAUUAAACACAUUUGAUAUUGUCCUAUUAACUUUUACUCUUGCUUCUGGUUUAUUAUACAUUAUUUUUAACCAACUCACAAUUUUUUUAUGAAAACCACAUUUUCAAAAGGUCUCAAAAAUAAAUGGCCAUGCAAGCCUAUCAAAGGCUUUUUUUCCACUUCUAAAGUCAGCAAAAAUACUUGCUCUUGAGUUUUACAUGCGUAUUCUAUAAUAUGUAAAGUACGUCUUACAUUAUCCUUCAGUAACCUAAUGGCCACAUAUCCUGACCAGUCUGGAUUAAACAAAAAUGCAAUUACCUCGUUCAAUCUGCUGGCAAUAAUUUAUGUUAUUGGUCUGUAUUUAAUAAAGAUAUCGAUCUGUAUGAAGCACAUUCUUCCAGAUUUUCUCCUUUAUUAAUGUGAUGUUGGAGGGAUUCCAAGUGGAUGCAUAUUCAUUUUCUUUCUAAUGCUCAAUUAAAGGCUUUACAAAACAAGGUAUAAGAUCUUGCAUAAACUCUUUGUAAUAUUAGUUUGAGAAACCAUCACUACCUGGACAUUUUUAAUUUUUCAAAUAUAUUAUGUCUAAUUUCAGUUCUUCUUCUAUUAUUGGUUUAAUAAGCUCAGUAUUUUGUUCAUUUGUAAUUUCAGGUAAAUCAAUAAAAAAAAAACUUUAAAAAAACUUUGUAUUUCCUUUCACUUUCUGGUAUAUACAGUAUAUAUUUUUAUAAUAAUUAAAAAAUUCUUCCACUGACUGUUCACAAUAUUUUCCCCUUUCUUGUUAUAACUCUUAUUAUAGUUGCCUUUUUUAUUUGCUUCAUUAGUUUAGAUGCCAGUAAUCUUUUAGCCUUUGGAACACUAUCAUGAUUCCUUUGUUGGGUAAAUAUUAAGGUUUUAUAGAUUCUUUCAGAUAAUAAUUUAUAUAAUCUGUUUGAUUCAAUUAUAAGUCCCAGGCAUGAUAACAAAACAUUUAAAGGGUCUAUAAGAAUAGUGUGACAUCAAAUAAGUUGAUUUUA